CUUUGCCGUUUCGGGUCAGAUUUGAUUCGGGAUCGGCGCUUUAGUCGGAUUUGUUCGAGCUUUUCUGUCUUUUUUUUUUUUUCUCUUAUUAUUAUCGCGCUUCCCUGCUCGUCUUGUCAGUGCUGGAUCUGGACACCCCCUUUAGCGCGCCGGUCCCACGCAAUUUAGCCAUCUUCCCCGUCUUUCCAUCGAUGCUCAACAUGGGUCUUGUCCUUGUUUCUUCCUCUGUGUAGCCACCUUCGCCUCGUUAUCCUGCUUUCUCCCCUCGUGUUUUCUCUCUUCCUCUCACUCGACUUCUCAUCAAUUCCUCCUUCCAUUCGCUUGAGUUCUGUUGUCUGCGGGAGUGUUCUUCCCAAGUAGCAACCCUGGCGGUCACCCUGGCGUCCCCCGGCGAGGAGAAGAUGAAAAAUAUGAUCUCCAACCUCCAAGGGCCGCGUGGUGCGCCUGUCUUGCCCAAACAGAUCAUGCGAAAGGCCCUCCCUGGAUUCCUCGCCUUCAUCCUCAUCGUCCUGUACCUCUCCAUUGCGUCCCCCUUGGACGAGUUCAACAAGCAAGACCUCGACUACCAAAUAACCCAGGCAACGGGCCUCUUCCCUCGCAAGAUCUGGCAGACAUGGAAGGUUGACCCCCUCAAUUUCGAGGAGCGCGACCUGAAUACCGCUCGCACCUGGACCUCCAAGAAUCCAGGCUACCGCUACGAGGUGCUGACCGACCAGAACGACAUCCUCUAUGUCGAAACCCACUUUGGCCCCCAUGGCAUCAAUCGCCCCGACAUCGUCUACGUCUACAAGACCCUGACUGCGAAGAUCAUCAAGGCAGAUCUCCUGCGUUAUCUGGUCAUGUACAUCGAGGGGGGCGUUUACACGGACAUUGACGUGGAGGCCCUCAAGCCCAUGGAACGCUUUAUCCCUGAUCGCUACGACGAGCAUGACAUCGACAUGAUCAUUGGAGUCGAGAUCGAUGAGCCUGAACUGCAUGACCACCCCAUUCUCGGUCAGAAAUCCGAGUCCUUCUGCCAGUGGACUUUUGUCUGCAAACCACGCCUCCCCGUCAUGAUGCGCUUGAUCGAUAAUAUCCUGCGCUGGCUCAACUCCGUCGCAGAACGCCAGAACCGGUCCAUCGCCGACAUCGAACUUGACUUCGACGAGGUCAUCAGCGGCACCGGUCCUUCUGCUUUCACAGAAGCCGUCUUGGCGGAGAUCAGCAAGAAGGUCGGAUACCCUGUUCACUGGGACACCUUCCACGACAUGCCCGAGUCCAAGCUGGUUGGCGGUGUGCUGGUGCUGACCGUCGAGGCCUUUGCUGCUGGCCAGGGCCAUUCCGAUUCCGGCAACCACAACGCCCGAACCGCCCUGGUCAAGCACCACUAUCACGCCUCGGGCUGGCCCUCCAACCACCCGCGAUACAGCCACCCCAUGUACGGUGAGGUCGAGCGAUGCAACUGGAACAAGGAUUGCGUCCGCGAAUGGGACGCCAACACUGCAGCUUUCGAUGCCCUUCCGCCCGAGGAACAGGCCCGGCAGAUCUCCAUCAAGCAGGCCAUGGAAGCCUCCGCAGCUGAGAUGGAGGCAGCCCAACCACCUCCACUUGAGGCUCCGGCCUUCUUCCCUGCCGAGUUCCCCUCUGAGCUACCGGAGUUUCCUCCAGCCGAGUUCCCGCCACUACCGCCGUCGUGACGGGAAGGGGUCUAUCGCAAAGUAAUAAGCAGUCAAAAAGAAAGAAAGAAAGAAAGAAAGAAAUUAAUUGAUAAUAAUACACAUGAGAGGUACAUAUAUAUCUAUGGCAUGAGAUGAGGCAACCAGGACAGAAAGAAAUAUCGACGCGCGACCGACAGCUCCGAUCUCAAGCCAUUUAGCUCUAUAUAUGCGGCGGAUCAUUCCUCGAUUUUUCCUCUAUUAAUUUUUCCAUUUCACCUCAUUCAUGAGUCCCAUGUAUGAAUAAUUGACCGAGUUCCGAUGUCUACGGCGCAUGUCAAGGUCCUAUUGUCUGGAGUCAUUCGGCCUGCUUCCAACGGUGGAAUCGAUUGAUUCGCGGAGUGAUUGAUUGAUGCGUUUUCUUUUCUCUUUCCUUAGUCCUCAUAUUAUUUUAUGUUCUCUCAUGCAAAAGGCGUUUCAUGGUCUGGUUGUUUCUAUUCUUCCUCAUAUCGCAUGUCUUUCAUGGUGGUUGUUCUCUGGGGCAUUCCAUCGUCGACUCUCUGUUCUCCAUCCGUACAUAGAUGACUUACGUUUGAUAGUAAUAGAAUUGAUACGUUAACGGUCAUCCUGCCCUGUUUCUACGUGCUCAAGCAAUCAACGGGAGACGAGGAUGGUCUGUCUUGCUGUAGAUCACGGAGUCCUUGAUAAGAAUACAGUUCAAGAAUCAGAUGAAGAUUCCAAUGUCGACAAGACAGGACGAACAACCGUCGUGCGCGGUUUGACCAGUCC